UUCAGUUGUGGCAACACGUUCUGGGAGACUCCUUCACAAGUACCGUGUAUCGGCCACAACUGCCAUGGCACGGAAGAAGGCCAGGGUGGCUAAACUCUCCUCCAUACGUCCAAAACAAAAGCUGUCAAGGAUUUUGCAAAGACUGGGUGGCACAGUAUCAUAUCCAGAAAGCAGACCAACCAGGGUAACACGUAGCAAAGUUGAAGGCAAGGAAGAGGCUGCCAAUGAGAAAAGCAAUGAAGAGGAGGAUCCAAAGGUAAAGCCUGAUGAAGAAAAGCAAAGCGAGACAAAGACAGAGACUACAAAGGGGAAUUCCCCAGAAGCAGCCCCUGCAGGGCCUUCCAAUAGACUGAUAAGGAAGAAGGAAGAGAGAAAGAAGUUCAUUAUGAAAAGAGUUGUCAGAGUUAGAAAAGAAAAUAAGACCGAUUCCCCAGAGGAAGGCACUAUCGUAGAAGCUGUAUCUGCAAAACCAGUGAACCCAUCCCCACCUACACCACCUGCUGAUGAAGUUCCUAUGUCCAAGAGAUUACGUAGAAGUACACAAGAAACCACAACACCACAAACUCCACAGAAGAAAACUUCACCUACAUCUUCUGCAGCAUCCUCUCCUAGUGCUCCGCAAACCCUUAAAAAAUCUGGUACUUCUAAUGCAGCUGCAGCAGCAUCCCACAAUUCACAUAAAAAACCCUCUCCCCCUCCUUCAUCCAGCAGUUCUCCAGUAGAUCAGAAGAAAUCUUUAGUUGAUACAACCCAGAGUUCUUCUCAGGCUUCACAGAAGAAAUCUUUACAGUCACAGAGUUCUACCUCCUCUAAUAGUCCUACCCCACAGCAGAAGAAACUCUCUCAGCCUUCUGCAGCUCCUUCCCCAACGAUUGGCUCCAGUCCUCAGCAGAAAAAGACUAAUACUUCAACCUCUGCUGCAUCUACCCCGCAAAAGAAGGGUUCCCCUGCAUCUUCUCCUGGAUCACCAAGUACAAAUAGAAAAAUGGCAAAUACAAGAGAAAGCAGAAGAGGCAAGGAGAGUUCAGCACCAGCUCCUGUGGACACAAAUGAACGUGUGGUAGUGGAAGAGGCUGAAGCAAAUACUGGGGUUCGUGCUAGGCCUAGCAGGCGCACCAAAGAAGCUGCAACAGUUUACUUGGAACUUAUUGGUCGUAAACUGGCUCAGGAAUCAAAAUCAAAACAAAAGACUUUUGAUGAAGAAGAUGAAGAUGAAGAGGAAGAUGAUGAUGCUAUCUCUGUUAGCAGUAUUAUGGAUCUAAAAGCUUUAGCUAAAAGUAGAGGUCGUGAAGCAGAACAAGAAGAGAAGAAGAAACUCAAGCCACAGGAAAGUUCAGCAUCUGAAAGUGUCAGACAGACACGUAAUGCUCGAGGGGACAGAUCACCUUCUGUUGACACAACUAGCCCAAAAACAAGCACACUCCGCAAGUCUCUGAGGAAGAGUCGAGAGUCCUCUGAUCAAGUGGAUGAAGACAAGACCACAAAACCAGAGGCAGCGACUGUGGAAGCUGGCCGUGUGACAAGGAGAACUCCAUCAGUGAAAGAUGAAUCCUCCAAUUCUGCAUCAGAAGAUCGGCCUUCCACCACUACAAGAAGGGGCAAGAAGGUAGAGAAGAAUGAGGCUUCUCCUGAUGAAGAAUCUGUGAGCAUGACUCCUUCACCUGCUAUCUCUCAGCCACCUCCAGCUGCACCUCAGACUUCACUGCCAGUCAGAGUUGUGUCCAGAAGUCUGAGAAGAACAAGAAGUGAUGCAGAUGAGCCCAAGAAGAAAGACUCCCGUCCAUCCUCAAGAAGGGCAUCUUUAGAACUGGAUAGUUCACUGGAUGUCACAGGCCUUAGGAGAGUGACUAGAGGAAGGGACCGACAGGAUUACAAGGAGAAUGAAAGUGACAAUGAGGAUAUAGAAAAAGCCUUGAAAAAUACUCGUACAAAGCUGGAGUUGCGUAGAAUACAGGGUGGGGUUCCUGAUCAAGUGUCAUCUUUGAAAGAUGAAACUGAAGGUGAAGAUGAAGAUAAAUCUGUGAAAAUGAGAACUCGACGUGCCGGUAAUGAUGGGUCUAGUUCUGAGAAAGUAGAAAAUACUGUGAAUAUGAAUAAAACAUCAGAUAAGUCUACUAGCAGACAAACAACCAGUGGACCAAAAUUGGAAAAGGAUAAUGACAGCAAAAAUCACAGUGACACAGAAAUAAAUUUAGGAAGUGUUGUGAAUGCUGAAGUUGAAAAGAAAGAUAGUCAAGAUUCUCAGUUAGAUAAUAAGAUAGUGAAUAGUGAUGUGGAAAAGGCUCCUGGUUCAGGAAGCAAGUCAAGAAGGACUGUGUCACAAGAGAGAAAGGAACACUUAUUGUCCAAAGAUGGUGGUAGGCUUUCAGCAGGUAGGAGUGCAGACAACUCAGACAGUACUGAAAGUGGUGAAGUAAGUGAAACAGUGACAAGGCCAAACAGUAGAGGCAAAGCUGCAUCAUCCACUAAUAAUACAGAAACUAGUAGUUUAGAAACAAAUGAGAAAAGAAUGGUGGGAUUCCCUAAUAAAAGGAAAGCAAUUGGUGGCAGAAGGAGAAGUAGCAAUCAUGAUGAAGCAAAACUCAAUGAAGUUCUGGAAAGUGUUGCAAAAGACUUUGAGAGGGACAUUGAUGAUGAUCAUUAUGACAGACUAGAAAAAGAUUUCAUGUUGGGAAACAAAUCCCCAGAAAAAGUUAAGGGUGAUAAGUCUCUUGUUACUGAUAAAGAGGACUUGAGUGUCUCAGAGUCAAGUAACUCAUGCAUGGAUGACAGCAAAAGUACAAGCUCGACAGAAUUCACAGUUACAUCUUCAGUAAGUGCAAAAACUUCAAGUGCCCCGGUUUCACAGUCGGGUAGCAGUAGCCCCAAUCCUAAUAGGAGAAGUGCAAAUAGUAGAAAAUUAUGUGAUGUAGUCCGCAGUCUUCAAAAGAAGCAGGCAGAGUCUCCAAGUACAGUAACAGAUGCAGAGAAACCAACAUUUUUAAAGGAUCUCAACAACUGGAGUUCGGAUAAGUCGAGGCAAGUAAGUCCACAGUCAGGUCAUGACCUUCAGUCCUCCGGUACUACCUCAGCACCCACCAUAAGGCCACAGAGUGAUACCACCACGUCAGAGACUGUACAUAGUCCCAGUGCACCUUCUACCCCAGAAAACACAACCUUGAUCUCUUCUAAGGCACCUUCACAGACACCUAAGCUAGCAGUCACCACUCCCAAGGCUGCACCUGCCAAAGCUAGUACCAACAAACCCUCUUCCACCUCCCCCACCUCAUCACCCAUCACUAGUCACAAUCCAGCACCAGUGGUGACUGUAACUUCAUGUUCACCAGCACUUGCACCUACUACCACUGUUACCUCCAGCUUGAGCAAUGCAACCAUUUCUGCUACGACAGAUUCUAACACAGUGCUUUUAGGAAUGUCUUCUGCUUCACCAGUCCACAAAGUUGUCGCUUCAGCAUCAUCUUCAUCUGCCCAGACUACCAGUGAUGAACAUUUAACAGUUCUGCCAAGCAUACCAGUCUCCAUCAAGCCAUCAGUAACAGUAAAUGUCACUAACUCUGGAUUUUCUUCACCUGUCACUAUGUCACGUGUUCAGCAGUUUCCUUGUGUGACUGCCCCUGGAUCAGUUGCAAGUCCCAAAGCAGUGGAAUUAGCACCAGUGAAAGGCACUUCUAAGCAGCUUCACAUUGCACCCAAGCCAGUUAAAAACCCUUCAUCAUUAGCAACCUCAACACCUGCAGGCCAGGUGUCUAUAUCUGUCUUGCCUCCAGGAACCCAGAAGCAAAUGCCUAAGCCUGUACAAAUUGCUCCCAAACCCCCUGCUGGUACUUCUCACAAUCUGCCAAAUACUCAACUUGUAGCCCCACAGCCAGGUCACAUGAUGCAGACACAAGUACAGGCACAGGUACAAGCUAUACCACAAGUUCAGACAGUUCAAGCAAUACCUCAGCCUGUACAAACCCUGCAGGCAAUCCCUCAGCCAGUACAAACUGUGCAAACUCUUACUCCCCCCAUGCAGACAGUGACUGCUAUGCCAAUGCAAGCUGUCAUGACUCAGUCUCUUAUUGACCCUACGCAAUUGGUAACCCCUUCUUCACCAGCCAAGAUUAUUACACAGCCAAUUUUUGUAACUUCCUCUAUGCAGAGUGCAGUCACAUACAGUAUUUCACCCCAAGCAAUAGGUCAGAGUCAUUUACCAGGCAAUGUGAGUGCAGUAGCCCGAGUGUUAACACCAACUAUGGUGGGCAAGGUGGCAGCAAAACCACAGCCUCAUCUAAUGACCCCAAAGGUACCAGGUCCUCUUGUUACCUUUACUACAGGUGCAGUUGGUGGCUCCAGUGCUGUUAGACCAAUAGUUCCUCUACCACAACAAGUGCAAGCACCACAGCAACCGCAGAUACUUGCUGUCAGUGUCAUGCCUGUUGGUUCAACCCAUGUCUCAUCAAUGCCCGGACAGGCAGGGCUACUACCUGGUACACAAGGCCCGAUGAUAACAACUGGCCAUCCUGCUGGACAGCAUCAUGCUUUUAUCCCAGUUACUGCAGCAAAUCAACCAAAUCAGCCACAGCCACACAAUGCUAUGCCUCUCACACAGUCUCCAGUAUGUGCUUCUACAUCAGCUUCUCAGGUGCCUAUUGCUUCUGACACUGCUAACCAUUCUUUAUCAUCAACAGAAGUUGUGAUGAAUUCCCAUAUUGAUAAUAGUUCAUCAAGUGGAACACAGUCAGAAUCAGUUCCUCUUAAUCAGCAAAACAAACCAGGUUUAGGUGACCAAAAUUUAAAUUCUUCAGUUUCCCCUGUAACAUUUAACAAUACUGAAGCAAUAUCUAGUCUUCCUUCUAACACAAGCAAUGCAAACCCCUCUAGUACCAUUGCUGCUUUAACUCCAGACAACCCACAUCAAUCUACAUUAUCUGUCUCAAAAGCAAGCAGUAGUGUGCCUGUUGUGGCAGGAGUGAAAGGUACAUCAACUGUGAAAGUUGACAGUCCAAAUUCUGCACAAGCAUGUAAAGUAGUUGAAAAUGCUUUUAGAAGUGGGAUACCUGGGAAUAUUAAAAUUACAGAAAUUCCCAAAGGGGGUGUUAGAAGUAAUGGGCCAGUUCAUAUUGCAAAUGUAAAACCCAAAGUCACAAUAUCACAGAUGCAGGUGAAAGCUCAAAUGGCUUCCCCAUCUGUCACUAUAACCACAUUAAAUGAUACUCCCCAAUCCAUUAAACAAAGUGUAGCUAAUGGAUCAAAGAUGGCCAGUUCAUUCAAACAGACUAGUACAACUUCCAGUGUAGCACUGAAAUUAACAUCAAGUGUUAGUGUUGUACAGCACAAAUCUGGAACGGGUAAAAAUUUUGUUGCACCAUCUCAAGUGGAAAAGGAAACUUUUGUUUCAAAUCCUAUCACAAUAAUAGAGAAAGAUAAAGCUGGGAAUGUAAUGCCCAGUACUAAUAUAGAAAGAGAAGUAGUAAAUCCCCCUGUAGCAAAAACAGACAAGGAUGAUUCAUCUCCAGUGGCUCAAGAUAAAGGUGAUACCUCUACUCCUGAUCUUCCUGUUUCUACAUCACCUUCUGCUCAGCAUAAAACAGAUAAAGAAGAGCAAGGAGGAAUGCUGCAAGUAAAGGCAGAAAAAGGAAAGAAUGUGAAUACAUCUGUUUCACCUUUUAAGAUGCAAGAAUUGAGAACUGUUGAUAAGGGUCAGAAUGUUAAUGGAAAAAAUCCAGGUAACAUGGAGAAAUCACAAGAGAAGAAAAAUUCUGACAAAAAGAAAGAACCUUUACUAAAGAGAACUUUAUUCAAGACUAAAAGUCAGGAGGAGAAGAAGCCCCCAGGUAUGUCUCCAGUGUACAGAACAAAGAGUCAGGAAGAAAAGAAGACAUCAAAUGCUUUCUCUCCUCUGCAUGAAAGUAGUGUAUAUGCAUUUGAACCUGACUUUGAGUCUUCGCCUCUGGAGGAAACUUCUCCAUUCUCACAGAGAAUAAAGAACAUUCAGCCAUCUCCUGGAACAUCACCUGUGAAACCAAAUAAUGCAAUUAAACCUCAACUACCAGCCCUUCAUUUGAAUAAACCCCCUGCCAAGGCAGCAGGACCUCACACUCCAGCUAGAUCCCCAGUAGCAAGAUCUUUAGCACCGAUGAUUGCAGGUAGGCCAAAGUCUUCAACAGGAACAAGCCCUUCAGGAGUUACUGCACCAUCCCAACCAGCAACAGCAGGAAAGAGACCAGGUGUAACAACACCACCAGCACCACUGACAAAGGCAGCUAGUAUUGGGACAGAAACUCAAAUUGUGAACAAGUUGAAUCAGGGUGAAGCUACUCCAGCAGUGGCUAAAGCUUCAGAAGACCAGAUGAAGGUUGGGGCAGAGUGUGAAACAUCAUCAUCAAGUGAAGGAACUGCUAAGAAAAGUGUGAGCAGCACAUCAAUUGCUAUUCAGUGUGAUAUGGAUGAAGGAAUGGAAGUUGUCAGUGAGAAUGGUGUACGUGCUAAUGAAAGUGGGACUCAGACUGAGGGACCAAGUAAAUUUCCCCUGCCUCCAACAGCUUCUCCUUUCUAUUACCUUCCAUUAGCAAUGGCAGCUCUUGGGGAAAAACUCCCUGCUCAGUUGGUGCAACAGAUGCUAGCUAAAACUCAAGGUUUAGUUGGUGCUGCAGAGGCAGGUAUGAUUCUCCAACAGGCAGCUCAGCUUGCACAGCAGCAUCAAAAAUUACAGCAACAGGGAACUCCUGGGGCCACUCCCAUUUCUAGUACAUCUGCAGUAAAACCCAUAAAGCCAUCAUCUAUCCCAGGGUUAGCUGUAGCCCCAAUUCUUUCAGGAACACCUGGGAAUCCUAAUGUUGUUUCAGUUAAUCUUGUGAGACCUGUUGUUAAAGCUCAGGAGUCCUCAUCAUCAGGUAGUGAGAUAUCUGUUCAAUCCCCUGUCACAGUCACCUCUGUUACUAGCACAUCCCCUGGUAAUACUGUCACCACAUGUACCUCUUCAGCCUCAGUUCCUCUCCCGGCUGUCACUACCCACUGCAAUACAACUAGUACCUCUGCCCCUGCAGUCACAACUCUUGCCUCAGCUUCCACCUCCCCAUCCCCAGUUACUGCUCGACCAGGAGUCAGUAGAAUUGAUGCUAAACCUACCCAUAUACCUCCUCAUAGACCUCAGCCUACUCCAUCAGUCCAGCCAAGUGAAGAGGUGAGCACUCCAUCUUUAGCCAAACCAACAAAAUCAGGAAGACAAAAAGAAAAGGAAGACUCGUCUAAAACACACACAGAGGAUGCAGAGCCCCCUGCUCGACGUCGCAGUGGUAGAGCAUCAACCUCAGCCACUACAAGAGCCACUGAAUCAGACAUGCUUGAAAUUGAAGAAUUGCGUAGAAAUAGACGUGCAAAGCGCGCAGCUGCAGCUCUUGCUCGUGAAGAAGGCUGGAGUUCAUCAUCAGAAGCACCCCUAAGUCCUCAGAUGUCCCCAGACACACUAAGAGGAUGGCCUCCUCCAAGGCUAACAAGUCCAACUCCAUCGCAAAGCUCUGAAGGCACAACUUCCUCCACCCCGUCCCAGCGUAGCAAUCGAUUGUCAUCCCGCAGUCGGCGGCAGUCACCAGCUAGCAAUAGCGAUAGUAGAAAUCAUGGAAAAUCCUCAUCUGGGUCCACGGCUUCCAGCACCCCAAGUAGCCAGGCUUCAGGUAGUAGUAGUGCAGUCAACACAGACAAGAGCCUUGAAGAACCAAAUGCUAAAUAUAACUGUGACAAUAGCAUCUUGGUCCGAGCACCUUCUUUCUUCCCAUCUGAAGAAGAGUUUACAGAUCCUCUCGAUUACAUUGAGAAAAUAAGGCCUGAAGCUGAGCAGUUUGGUCUGUGUCGAAUUGUUCCCCCAGGCAAUUUCAAGCCAGAGUGUCGUGUGAAUGAUGACAUGAGGUUUACAGCUAAUAACCAGUACAUACAUAAGAUGAUGAGAAGAUGGGGACCCAAUGUCAGGACAUUACAUGCCAUUAAAAAGUGUUUAGCCAAACAAAAUAUUGAACUCAACAGCAAUCCCUUGAUUGGCUGCAUGGAGUUGGAUUUGGUUAGGCUUUACGAAGUUGUGGAACAACAUGGUGGACUGAUGUCUGUCAUAGAGAAAGAGCUUUGGGGAAAGGUUGCUGAUGCCUGCAGAAUACCUCGCUCAGCCCAAGAGAGAUUAGCCAAGCUUGAUUUCAUAUACUGCAAAUAUCUUUUACCCUAUGCUACCCUCUCACAAGAUGAGCGAGAUCAGCUGUUAGCAGAAGUAGACAGAAUCCACAGCCGCAAUCAGCUAGAUCAGAGUGGAGCUAGCAAGAAAACCUCGGGAUCAUCAGAUAAUGAGGAGGAGGAGGAGGAGGAAAGCCUGGACUGCAUUGUUAAGGGAAAGAGCACAGCACUUAGUACCUUUUUCCGUAUUGCACGGAACACUUCAACGCAAUGGCAACCAGAUCCUGCAGGUCUGGAAGUAGAUGAGAGAUAUUGGUCCUUGGUUGUUAAUGGAAAUCAGCACGUCUGUGUUCUGUCAGCAAGCAUCGACACUUCUGAACAUGGAUAUGGCUUUCCUAACCACAGAUUGUCACCUCUUACUAAACAUCCAUGGAAUUUGAAAAACCUUUGCCAAAAUCCAAAUUCAAUAUUACGAAGCAUGGGCACUAUUGUAGGUGUUACAGCUCCAACCUUACAUGUUGGGAUGUUAUUUUCUACUGUGUGUUGGUACCGAGACCCUCAUAGUUUACCUUGGAUUGAAUACCUCCAUACAGGAGCAUCAAAAAUAUGGUAUGGUGUAGCAGCAAACCAGGAAGACAAAUUGUGUGCAGCUUUGAAGAAAAUUGUUCCAGAUUUCAUCAAAGAUUCUGCAAUUUGGCUUCCAUCAGAUACAGCAAUGGUACCCCCAAGUGAACUUGUUCGUGAGGGUGUGCGUGUGUGUAGAAUAGUGCAAGAACCAGGACAAUUUGUAGUGGUCUUCCCUGGUGCUUUCACCUCGAGUGUGUGCACAGGAUACCUUAUAUCAGAGAGUGCGUUCUUUGCCAGGCCACAGUACUUUGAUAGAGCUCUUGUGGUAAGUUUACACAUAACUGGGCUGUGCUUAUAUUGUGCAUCAUUAAAUGAUUAUACUUGUUAAAACUCUGUCUUAACAUAGUUCAGAUCAAAGUAAGUGCUUGUCCAUGUGCAGUGUAGAGAGAAUCUACUUUUUCUGACUUAGUUUUAUUUAUGACCAUACAAGAUACCUCAUACCAAACAUUGAUGAUUUAGUUGAUUAAUUCAGUCUAAGGCAUUAGGGAGAUUUUUGUGUGAAACUAAAGAAAAAUUAAGGAAAGAAAGGAGACCCAUGUAUAUUCUUAUCUGUAUGGUAGCAAAAGGCUCCAGUGCAUAUUUUGUAUAUUUUAUGAAAAAUGUGAUGAACAGACUUUGUAGUUUGAAAAAUACAAUGUGAGGUGACAAAAUGUCCAAUAGCUGAAAGUAACUGAGACU